AUGGGCGCUGGCUGCCCCCGGCGGGGCGCGGACCCUCCGGAUGGCGGCUGGGGCUGGGCCGUGCUGGGCGCCUGCUUCGUGGUUACCGGCUUCGCCUACGGCUUCCCCAAGGCCGUGAGCGUCUUCUUCCGCGCGCUCAUGAGCGACUUCGGUGCCGGCUACAGCGACACGGCUUGGGUGUCCUCCAUCAUGCUCGCCAUGCUGUACGGCACCGGCCCCGUGUCCAGCAUCCUCGUGACCCGCUUUGGCUGUCGUCCGGUGAUGCUGGCGGGUGGGCUGUUGGCCUCGGCAGGCAUGAUCCUGGCCUCCUUUGCCACGCGCCUCCUGGAGCUGUACUUGACGGCUGGGGUGCUCACAGGCCUAGGCCUGGCCCUCAACUUCCAGCCAUCGCUCAUCAUGCUGGGCUUGUACUUCGAGCGGAGGCGGCCUCUGGCCAACGGGCUGGCGGCGGCGGGCAGCCCGGUGUUCCUGUCCGCACUGUCGCCGCUGGGCCAGAUGCUGCUGGAGCACUUCGGCUGGCGCGGCGGCUUCCUGCUGCUCGGUGGCCUCCUACUGCACUGCUGCGUGUGCGGCGCCGUCAUGCGCGACGCGCCCCCUGGCGGCCGGGCCCGCCGCCGCCUGCUGGACGUGGCUGUGUGCGCCGAGCGCGCCUUUGUCGUGUACGCCAUCACCAAGUUCCUGAUGGCACUCGGGCUCUUCGUGCCCGCCAUCCUGCUGGUGAACUACGCCAAGGACGCAGGCGUGCCCGACACCGACGCCGCCUUCCUGCUGUCCAUCGUGGGCUUCGUGGACAUCGUGGCGCGGCCGACGUGCGGCGCCCUGGCGGGCCUGGCGCGUCUGCGGCCGCGCGUUGCCUAUCUCUUCAGCCUGGCUUUGCUGGCCAACGGGCUCACGGACUUAAGCAGCGCGCGCGCGCGCUCCUACGGCGCCCUGGUGGCCUUCUGCGUUGUCUUCGGCCUCUCUUACGGCAUGGUGGGCGCGCUGCAGUUCGAGGUGCUCAUGUCGGUCGUGGGCGCACCCCGCUUUCCCAGCGCUCUGGGCCUGGUGUUGCUCGUCGAGGCCAUGGCGGUGCUCAUCGGACCACCCUCUGCCGGCCACCUGGUGGAUAAGCUGAAGAACUAUGAAAUCAUCUUCUACCUGGCCGGCUCCGAGGUGGCCCUGGCUGGGCUCUUUAUGGCUGUCGCCACCCACUGUGGCCUGCGCUGCGCUCGGGACACCCCGCCUGCUCCAGGUGCUGAGAAUGGGGCCAGCGACACCGAGGACGCCGAGGCGGAAGUGGACUCUGAGGCGGAAGUGGACCCCGAGACCCAGGCCGCUGGCCUUGAGACGGUGGAGGUGUUGAGUCUGCAGACCCUGGAGGUGCUGAGUCCCCAGACCGGGCCCACGGAACCUAAGGCAGAGGCAGGGGCCGGGCACCCCAAGCGGGACCCUGAGCUGGACGCCAGGCCAGACCCAGAGCCAGACUUCGAGCUGGACCCCAAGUCCAUGCAGCCCGCGGCACAGUAG